GGAGGGUCACUAGUUGGCAGCCGUGACAUGAUUCUUCUGGUCAGGUCUAUACUUUGGGGGCAAGCACAGAUGAUGUGGACGAGGUAGGGUCCCUCCCUCCCAAGAAAUGUUUGAACGUGCAAAACAUUUUUCACAGUUAUGUCAAGCUUCUGCCGGCCGCGCAGUGUUGCCAUGGCUGCCUUUUUGUCUGUCCUGCCUAAGCAGCAGCAGAAUAGAACUCAGCCAACGCAGGAACUUGAUGAUCUUGCACAGACCCAUAGGAUUUCCAAAGCUAUGCCUUCCGAGCAAGGCAGUGAUGAGUACACCUUAAGGGUUUCUCAUCGACCUCAUUUCAAGAGCACUGAGAUGCCAGAUGGAGGCACUUCUCAACCACAUGAUCCUGCGGCUCCGACUCACAAUGCCCAGCAGGCGCAGGGCAGCUUGCCAGGGAUGAUCAAGACUCUCUCAGAAAGUGAUCUUCUGGCUGUGCUUCCGCACGUGAAAGGCAGCGCUUCACGGGGUGCUUCGCCCUCCAGCGAAAAGUCUGAAGAGGAAGGGCCAGGCCACCAGAUGGCUAUUGGCCAGGCGCAAAGCAGCUUUCCAUUCAUCUCUCCACCACCUAGCCCGCUGGAGGGUUCAAAUCCAAGCCGGCCAGGAAGCUCACCAUGUGCUGUCAGAACCCUCUCCGAAUCAGGCCUUGUUGAUCUCAUGCCUCAAAUCUACGGCAUGGAGCUUGCCAAAGCUGGUCUGCCAAGUCUGCCGGACCCUGAUGGACCUUCAGCCAUCCCAGGGUUUGUCACUCUCAGAAUUGACGAGGAGAAGGAAGACGAGGAGAAUGAGGAGAAUAUUGACGCAGAGACCUGCCAGAGGACUGGAGAAGCUUCGCUGGGAGUUACAGUCUUGAAGGCGACAGAUCUCAGCCAAGCUGCGGACUACAGGAUAGUUCUUCAACAGGUGGAAGAAGAGCAUAUAGUGGGCGAUGAGGAUGUGCAACAGGAUUAUGGCAGACUCACACCUAUCCCUGAAUCCAAAGGAGGCUCAACGUCGAUUGAUGACCCAGCCGACAGCAAGGCCAGCCACAUUGAAGACAGCAAAAGGCAGGGGAUAUGCUUUGUUGGGGUGUUACAGUCAUGAUUGUAUAGGAUAUCGUGGACCGCUUUUUAGAUGGGCUUUAUAUAAUCUAUAUAAUCCAAACCCACCUUGAAGCAAUGGCAUCCAACCUAGUAGCAAUGGCCCCCAACCUUGAAGCAAUGGCCUCCAACCUAGUAGCAAUGGUCUCCAACCUAACAGCAAUCGCCUCCAACCUAAGAGCGAUGUUCGUAAGGUCCUCCAAUGGCAGCAAACGGACCACCAGCCGCACCAGCCGGCCAUCCGUCGCAGCAUCUCGGACUGCUCAUAUCAACAGCUUUGCUAUUUCUAAGACCCUGCAGACGCAAACCGGACUUACACAAUUUGUUGAAGCAGUUGAGCCUUCAAUGCAAGUUUAUUUGGAGGCCCAUUGCAGCAAUGGGCCAAGCAAGAUGGACCGGCAGGUGAUCUUGUGGAAAAUCCUGGGCAGCUUCCUGUUUCUCCUACCAGCCCUGUCUUUUGGUAUUCUCUUGCUGCCUCUCGCUCGAGUUGAAGCGGGCUUCCAAGAGAAUUGGGUCUUCAAUUACUUUGCGCAUCCCUUCCUGAACUAUGUCACCGCUCGCGCCGAAACUGAGAUCGGUAUUCUCCGUCCACUGGCUCCAGCAGAUAGGGUUCGUGUCAACUGGAUCAUCACGUGCUUUCCACUGGUGGGCUGCCUUACCUGCUUCCUUGUGCACUUGAUCGGCAGCAUCGUGGGCAUCUUCCCAAUUCCUUUCGUCGUUUCAACCUCCUGUUUGCCAAGCAUGUGGUUUGCGAUGUUCACAGCCAGUUACUUCGUCCCGAAGGACCUCAUGACAUCCAGCAUGCGUGGCUUCAUUUGGUUUGCGAAUAUCGAAGUGGUUCUGUGGGGCGUGCAAUUCAUUGUGCUUACAGCCUGGCUCCUGAUUUUCCCAAGCCUGGCAGUUUCACUUCAGUUGAUGAGCAGUUUUGCAGUGACAGGUAUGCUCUCUGGAGCUGGCUGGGUUGUGAACAAGAUCGGAGAGCAUUAUUUGGGUGUCCCAAAGUACAUCACGGACGAGGCAAAGGUGAUGAUUCUCUUCAUUGCUUUUCUCUUCUCCGCAGCUCUUUUGUCCAGUGCGAAGAACGGGCUGGUCCUUUGUGUGAUGCUCAUCCUUGAUGCCGGAAAAGCUGUGGCGGUGGCAAUGAAUAUGUGCAAACAACUCCUAACAACCUUUGAGCAGGGAGACAGGCAGCAGGUUGACUUGCUUGCGUUUGACUGGAAGUCUUGGUUUUGCCCAUGCUGCCAGCAUUGCCCACAUUGGCGCGCACUCCCAUCGCUGCUCCGAGAGAGGUGGAUCCUGGCAUUCCGUGUGCAAGAGAGGCUUCGGCAAAUCCUGGCAGACUUCCGCGGGAAGACGAUCGAGAGCCUUGAACAAGCAGAGAUUGUUGCUGCAGAUGCACGUUUGCUGAACCAGCUCGCUCGGUACGCGAAGCUUUUUGCUUUGGUGGAGCUUUGUGAAAUCAUGGUUCCUUUGAUGUACAUGCUGGUGAUUGGAACACUGCACAGCGACACUUUCGGCUACAAUCGGGAGCGCUUCUUCCUUUUUGACCAGUUGGGUGAUAGCUAUGAUGAUGCGAUGUUGAGUAAUAUCUUGAGCUUUGCCAUUGAACUCACAGUUUUCGUGGCAAUCCAGAUCACCUUUCUCAGAUGCAUUGGAUUCGACCUCCUUUAUUUUGCAGGAGUCGUUCUUGAAGAGAACUAUUCCUAUUGGGUCCUUUCCCUUGCCUCUUGCUGUUGCGCUUGGCUGACCGUUCUGGUGAAACAUGGAGGCCAUAAUUUGGAUACGAUUAGAAGCUGGCUCGUCUCUUAGGAAGAGGAUCCCAAUUUUUCAACUGGACCCGUUCAGCACCGUGUAAUUAUGGAACACUCUGUCUUGAGAGUGCUGAGAUUGUGGUGGAAGUAUCAUUCCGUGGAUGUUGU